UCUAGAUGCUCUGGAUCGUGUUUACUUUAUCCCAGAGUAGUAUACACCCUAUUAUCGGGCUAUUCUUACUGCGGGACGGAAGUCUCCUCCCUGUGUUCCCUUCGGCAUUCACUUUCAGUUCCAUCCUCGGUUCAGCUUCGACCAGCUCCACUUCAAACGGAGACACGAAGCGUCCGUCCAUCCAUCGGGCAACUAUCGAUUACAUCCAGAUUAUUCCCGCUCCCCUGGAUGGUAGAUAAAUCCUCCGAUGGCAGUAUAUUGACAGUCGUCAUGGCCUUGGCCCGAGUAUAUCGCAGGAUAGCCACCGGGCGCGGUUCACAUUAGGUGCCGGGUUGAGAUCAAGCUACCGAGAGUCCUUCAUUAUAGUUUGAUCAUCUAGAUUCAUCAUCUGCUCGUCCUCAUCUCCAGCGUAAUCAUGCCAUGGAGAAGCAAGGUGGCACUUAAACUUUGGUCCGGGUCGGCAUUGAGAUAUCGUCAGACUCCCCGGCGUCCUUUCUCAAUCUGGUCUUUGGAAGGGUUACUGUGGGUGGCAGGUUG